AUGUUCCGGCCCGAGAAGGGCAUCCACCUACAACAUGUUAAUCAUCAGGACAUGACUCCGCUCCAUAACGAUGUUGGCCGAAAUAAUUCAAAUGAAGAUGUGUAUAUUCCAACCACAACUACUCCAGCAGUUACAUCAAGAUCCCAUAACCGUUGCGAGGGUCCAUUUACUUCUUCAUCUGCCUCCACUACGAUUCGGCUGAUUCAAGCAUCACUUUACGUCAUGCAACUUGUGCUUGCCUACUGGCUUAUGUUGAUUGCCAUGACCUAUAAUGCAUGGCUAACGGCCGCCGCUACUUUGGGAGCUGGCUUUGGGCGUUGGUCGUUCGCAGUCCUAAAAUUCCAUAAUUUCGCUGGCGAAACGGCUGAUUCAUUCAAUGCUGAUGCUUGA